AUGGCAACACCAGAUCCUGAAGAGUCAGAACAGCCCUACCCUAUGAGAUCUAGAUUUGAGGGUCAAAGUGGGGAUAGUAAUAACAGGAACUCAUCAAAUAUAGUCACAUGGAGUGCAAAUUUUAACAUUAAAGAUCAUGUUGUCCACUUCCUUACCUCUGUGUUCCCCGCUUCAGUCCUCAAAAGUUACAAAGCCAAGCUGGAGGGCCUGAAAAAGUGCUCCUUCUACAUCGAGGUGAUCCGCGAGGACCUGUCUCACCAUGAUCAGAGUCAUCUGUCCAACUCGACCCUUUUACACCUCAUCGAUCCCUGGAGGUUCCAGCGGAUGAAGAAGGUCGGCAACAGCCAGGUCAAGAUCCAGCUAAGCCUUCUGGAGGAUCUUUAUGAGGAAAUGUGUAGAGGCAGGCAGGAGUUGGAGGUCCUCUUUGAGCAAUGCAACAUGGUAUCAUAUAUCAAUCAGGAGGCAUUGCUGCUGGAGAAGAUCGGUGUACUCAUGCAGUUGGUGGCCAACUUUGACAAAGUUAUGGUCCCUGGAGGGCUGCACAUCAAACAUCGGCUAAUCUCUGACUUAGGUAACUCCAAGGCCCCACAGAUACGGUUAGCAUUCAUCAUCAAGAUGCACGUGGUUUUUGACCGCUCUCAGUCUGUGGCAUUCCCUGAUUCGGUGAUCUUGCACUGGUGCAUCGCUGGACAAGAGCAACACGAACCAGGGGAACAGUUUGAAGUUAGCUACAAACUCCUUCAACCGGAGAAUAGCUAUGAAGGAAGUCAGAUGGGCACACUGAUGUGUGCGACCUACUGCAUGCAGAUCAACAACCUGAUGCCAGACAAGUGUUACGAGUUCACAGUGAAGAGAGUUGACUCGUGUUCUUUGGUGUAUGGAGCCUGGAAUGAUAGCAUCAGCCUAAGGACUGCCUCAGGAACCGCUGGACAGAGCAUUGAUAGUUGUGAGACAAAGGAAGCACUGUUUCCAUGGUAA